GCGUCGCGUAACGAGUUGACUGCUCCCCUCAUCGCGCGCUCAGUCGGCAUGGCUCUGGAACUCCCACCGGAACUGCUGGUGUCAAUACAGCGUGUUCUCGAACUGAAGGAGGAUGCGGAUGCAGAGGCCAUCGACAGCCUGGGCCCGAACUUCUCCCCCGUCGACGUGCUGAACAAGUUCUUCCCAAAUGAAGCAUCGCUCGCAAAUCUCGAAAGUGUACGAAAGUCUCUCGCUGAUGAUCAGGCCGCCCUUGAGCGCGAAAUCGCCGGACUCCGCGAAGAUCUCAAGCGCGAGCAGGACCCAUCGAAGAUGCAGCUGCUUCAAGAGAUGAUCUCGGAUCUCCUCUCUCAAAUGGCGCGCAUACGAGAGAACGCGACCGAGUCCGAGGCUGUAGUUCGCAACAUCACGAAGGACAUACAGGUCCUUGACCUCGCCAAGAAGAACCUCAUUCACAGCAUGACUACGCUCAAGAGGCUACAGAUGCUUGUGAAUGCCCUCACUCAAGUGGAAGGCAUGAUACCCGAGAAACGUUACGCUGAGAUCGCGCAGACAUUGGCUGCAGUCAAGCAGAUCUCGAACGCAUUCCGCCCCUACAUCACUAUACCCCGCAUCGCACAAAUAUGGAAGCGCAUUCAGGAAGUACAAGGGCGUAUACGAGGAAUUCUGGAUGAGGACUUUGAUGCCUUCUUCAUGCAAGACACCAGCAAGCCCGUCAGACCCACGGUUAUGGCCGAUGCCUGCCUCGUUGCGGACGUGCUCGGCCCCGACGUACGCGCCCACCUUAUAGAUCGCUAUGUCGCGCUGGAGAUGAAGGAUUACCGUCGUAUAUUCCGACCAACAGACGAAGCAGGCCAGCUUGACAACCUAGCCCGUCGCUUUUCCUGGUUCCACCGGCUUCUCCAAACCCACGAACUCGAGCAAGGGCGCGUCUUCCCUGGGGAAUGGCGCGUCGGGUGGUUCCUUGCCGCUCGGUUCGCCGACAUCACGCGGGAUGAUUUGGCGGUGGUCCUCUCGAAGGCCGCACCGACUCUCACCGCUAAGUCGCUUCUUGAAAACCUCGAAUUGACGACGACCUUUGAGGCCGGGCUUGCGCGAAAGUGGGCUACUCCUUUCCAAGAAAUCCUUGACGUCACGAACACUACGACGCAAGGCGUCGGUUCGCGAAAGCCCAUCUCUUCAGCGUUCGAGCCGCAUAUGGGCAUAUUCAUCGACGCGCAGGACAAGGCGCUCGCGGUUUUGCUGGCACCUCAUCGCAGUAGCAUCAAGGGUGCUUCGAAAGCACGUCCCUCGUUGGAUGUCCCAGCCGAAGGAGACGCAGACGAAGGCGCUACGCCUAUGACCGUGCUUCCGUCAUCUACUGAGCUAUUCCAUGCGUAUGCGGGGAGCCUCGAACAAUGUGCCAAGUUAUCGACCGGCAAGCCGCUCUUCGAUCUCGCGGGACUGCACAAGAAGUGGCUGAAGAUAUAUGCCGAGGAUGUUCUCGCUCCCAGUCUCAAGACCCCUACACCACGCUCGCGCAAAUCAACGGAGUCUCGCAUGGACAUGAACAUCCUCAAGCAAGCCUGCCUCGUCAUCAACACCGCCGACUAUUGCCAGACGACCUCCGCCGAGCUCGAACAGAAGAUGCGCGAGCAGGUCGACGAAGCAUACAAGGAGCAAAUCUCCUUCCAAGCCGAAGCGGAUUACUUCGUCAGCGUCAUCUCCUCCGCGAUCACAAUUUUGCUGCACGAGCCCGAAGUCGGCGCGGAGCCGGGCUUCUCAGCGAUGACACGGACUGCCUGGGCGACCUUGCAGCAAGUCACCGGUCCCUCCGCGUACACAAGUCAGAUCGUAUCCGCAACGGAGCAGGCGGUCGCGGCGAUCAAGCCGCUCGUCGAGCAGAAGCGCUACCUGAGGAACUUCUUCGAUAAGGCGGCGAGCCUUGUCCUGGCGAAGUUCACGAACGCGCUGGUGAAGAGCCGGCCUAUCAAGGAGACUGGCGCUGAGCAGCUUCUCAUUGACCUUCAAGUGCUGAAGGCGCAUUUGCUGAAGCUGCCGGGCGACUUCGUGACGUCGGGGUACACGAAGAGCGUGAACAAGGCGACUACACGGCUGGAGACGCUGCUCAAGGUCGUCAUGACGCUCGUGGACCCGCCAGAGGGUUUCAUUCUGAAUUAUACGGUCCUCGUUGGCGACGCAUCGUUCUCGAACUUCCAAAAGAUCCUCGACCUGAAAGGCACCCCCAAGGGCGAGCAAAACACGCUCCUUGAUCAAUUCCUUACCAUCACGAGUACCAAGCCCGAGCUCGAGGGCUCGUCCUUCCUCACCUCCCUCGACAUGGACCCGCAGGCGUCAACGUUAGCGCUCGUCAGUCCACGACCGGUACCAUGGAACGAGGCCGUUGACAGUCCGGGGCGGGAGGGGCUGUUUGCUGGACUUGCGUCUCCACCGCCGGCGUCGGGGAAUACGCCCGAAGGACAGAAACAAGGGGAGAAGAGGGAGGUGUUUUCGGAUAUUAGGCGGUUUGUGAGCUUUGGGUUGAGGAGGGAUACGCAGGGGCCUGCUUGAGGGUUAUGGCAUGUCGCAUCACCGUCAUCUACGGCGAUACCUGUUGAUCUCCUGUACUCGCAUAUCAACUCAAAAGACUACCCUAGGACGAGCGCUUGCUUCAAUUCAGCGACGAAGUACCUUCGAUGCGCUCGGCGCAUCUCAGCGUCAAUUGUUUCUCAUUUUAUCCCGUAUUUAUAUGUCCCCUGCAUACCACUAUGCAGACUGCGAC